UGAGAGUUCACCGCUGCUAAUAUGCGGGCUCAGACAUGGCGGACGCCGCGGGGAAAAGCUGGUCACACAUUCUUGUUUUUCUUCCACCGCCGUUAAAUUUGCAGAAAACAAAAAGACGGUUGUUUAUCGAAGGCUUGGUUAAACAAGAAGUAAAAUGGCUCCGGGAAGACUUUUGUUUUAAUGGGGGCCAUCUUAGAAUAGCUGAUAGCUUACGUGCAGAUACCUCUGAAAGCUCCCUCUUCUUAGAUUACAACCCACAAGAAAUUCAAGACUCUGUCCACUGUUACCUUGAGAGUGAGUUUACAGGAAAUGUGCUGCAAGCAGGUAUAAAAGAUCUAGAUGCUCAGCUGCAAAAUGAAUAUGAUGAAAUACAAGCUGCAAGUCAAAUGCUUCUACAAUGUGCAAAAGAUAGCCCUGCAAAUUCUAAUCAGGGAAAAAAUGGUAACCCUAUUUCAAGAAGAUCAAGUCUUUAUAGUCAAGUAGACCAAGUGCAUCAAAUGACACAAGAUGAUGCGUACACACAACAGUCUCUAAGAGUUUAUGCAGAGAAGAACAUUUCUAAAUUCACAUGUGACACUACAACAGUUGAAAUGUCACUGUCAGUAGCACCGUUAUCAUCAACGUCAUUAACAAGUUCAUCCUUGACAAGUAGCUCUAUUUCAUCAUCUUCACCGUCACCACUGAAAAAUUUUACAACAGCUCACACUGAUUUUCUGCAAAUCAAAUUGCCAGACAUAGCUCAGAAACUUACUUCUUUGAUAGACUUCAAGCUUGGAAUGUCACUCAGCAAUAUUAUAUGUGUGGUACUACAAGUAAACCCUAUCAGAGAAAUACAAAUGAAAUCUGGAGUGAAUGCUGGUAGGUUUGUUGCACUAUCAUCCAUCGUUGUUGCAGAUGAGACCAAGCCUUACUUCAGGUUGACACUGUGGAGGGAGGCCUCAAAAUGGGCUGAAAGGGUUAAGACCGGAGAAUUUAUUGUCAUGACAUCUGUCAAAAUUGAGAAAUGGAAAGAUGAGUAUAUUGGCCAGACAACGUAUCAGUCAAGUCUUUAUAAUCUGCACCAGCCAGAGAUGCCCUUGCCCUCUGACUGGUUGAAACUGGUGUCACAGACGAGAAUUGACCAGUUGAUGUCAUGGGCAAGAAGAAGCCACAGGUAUCUGUUUAGUCUUUCAUACCCAGUCGAGGUGCGGCAUAGAAGUAUUGAUGAGCUCAGAGGGAAUAGUCUUGUACACUUUAAAGGCAAGCUGGUGAAGAUUCUUUACCAGAAUCCAAAACGUGUGUAUUCCUAUGGCAACCAACGACUUCCUAAGCUUGUUGCAGUGUUGGAAGGUGCGGAGCAAAAAACUAUUGACGCUUGCCUAUGGGGUAGACAGGCCGACUGGCUGUCAGCACUGCAAAGGGGGGUGGGGUGUGUAUGGGACUUGCAGUACCUUGCCGUUACGUAUGACUCAACAAUUGACGCCUUCACCCUACACACCACACCCAAGUCGACCAAGACUCUAAUUCCAAAUCAGGACCCGGUGUCAGCACUAUUUUCUAAAAAUACAGCCACAAGGUUUGAAAAUCUGCAAGAGCUCCUGGAUGAGAAUUUUAAUGGCACAGCUGUUGUAGAAGGAGUCAUAGUUAGAAUAGUGUUUAGUAGCAGUGAUGGGUUAGUAAAGGUAGACAAAGAGCAAGAUCUGAAUAGUGCAGUGUUUCGGGGCUUGACGUUUGUUGGUUGUGCAAGUUGUACGCGUGCACUUGAACAAGAUCAAAAUGGCAUAUACGGGCAGUGUACGUAUUGCUUGUACAAUUAUGUCGAUUAUGGUUACUCAAUUUCGCACUUCUUUAAACCAAUUACUCUCACUUUUUCCAAUAAAUCAACAAUCGAAGUAAGCGUUUCCCCGCGCUGUGCUUCGCGGAUUCUGCGUUUGGACCCACGUGAGUUCUCGCGGGAUCACAUUCGAGAGGGCACGUGGAAUGAACUUGCUUGCGCAGCGAGGGAGCUCUUGGAAAAGAGCAGAACACUCUAUAUUCGGGUGGAGACAAAUAUAGAUGAGAAUAGUUUUGUAAGUCGAAGAAAUUUCUCACUUGUAUAGGUUGGUUCUCACUGGGACGCAUGCGCGGCAUAAGUGAGAGAAUGGGGAAAAUCCAAGCCCAAGAAGUUCAACGGUUUGUAAUCUCUUGCGUUCAGUGAAAAUCGGCUAAUUGCUCGCGUGCCUCCCAGCGAGAACGAACCAAAGGAUAAUGAUUUAAUUUUAACAACCAGAGGGAGGGUGGGCUAUUUUGAAAUAAAAAACAGCCCAAAAAGUGCACAUUUAUUUUAGAGGCAGUGUAUUUUUAGGCACAAUAAAUAAAGAGGUGCAAUAAAGCGUGAACAUAGAUUCGCUAGCCAGAAUUUAUGCUUUUCAGAAAACACACAAGUAUCCAACAUUUUCUAA